AUGGCCAAAAUUACUUACAAGGUUGGAGGCUUGGCUCUUGUUCUGGCAUUUUUGAUUGUGGGAUUUGCUGAAAGCCGGAAGUUGGAGAAGGAGACGCUUGGUGGUGGUCUUGGCGGUGGUGCUGGUGGUGGGUUUGGAGGUGGAGCUGGAGCCGGAGCUGGAGGUGGCCUUGGUGGUGGUUUUGGAGGUGGGCAUGGCGGUGGAUUAGGAGGUGGAGGUGGAUUAGGAGGCGGCGGUGGAUUAGGAGGCGGAGCUGGAGGUGGAUUCGGAGGUGGCCAUGGCGGCGGAAUUGGAGGGGGAGGUGGAUUAGGAGGCGGAGCUGGAGGUGGAUUUGGAGGUGGUAAAGGAGGUGGAUUUGGAGGUGGAGCUGGAGGUGGAGCUGGUGGCGGAGCAGGCGGUGGUUUUGGAGGCGGAGCUGGUGGGGGAGCGGGAGGUGGUUUCGGAGGUGGUAAAGGAGGUGGUUUCGGAGGCGGAGCGGGAGGCGGAGCAGGAGGCGGAGCAGGAGGUGGGUUUGGAGGCGGAGCAGGAGGUGGAGCUGGUGGUGGAGCAGGAGGCGGUUUCGGAGGUGGCCAUGGAGGCGGAGCGGGAGGUGGAUUUGGAGGCGGAGCGGGAGGUGGAUUUGGAGGCGGAGCUGGUGGAGGAGCAGGAGGGGGCUUUGGAGGCGGAGCUGGCGGGGGAGCAGGAGGUGGUUUCGGAGGAGGCCAUGGGGGCGGAGCAGGAGGAGGUUUUGGAGGUGGUAAAGGAGGUGGAUUUGGAGGCGGAGCAGGUGGAGGAGGAGGCUUUGGUGGCGGUUCAGGGGGAGGAUUCGGUGGCAGAGUCUAA